GAGGUCUACGGGCCCCCCGCGCCCCCCAUGCCUCGGCAGCGGGGAUGCUGCGGGGCGUGGGCCGGGCGCGUGCGGGGCGUUAUCCCGUCGGGGCAGGGCACCCCGUGCCUCCUCCCGGGAAAUCUUUAACCAGUGCAGGCGGCGCAGGCAUGGAGGGCAGCGUGCGGCCCCAGGGCGAGCGCCUGCAGCUGCUGCUGCGCCGCUGCCGGGAGGCCAAGGCCUGUGCCUACUGCCCCUACAGCCGCUUCCCCGUGGGCGCCGCGCUGCUCACCGCCGGCGGGGAGAUCUUCUCCGGGUGCAACGUGGAGAACGCCUGCUACAGCCUGGGGGUGUGCGCCGAGCGCACGGCCAUCCAGAAAGCCAUCUCGGAGGGGCACACUCGCUUCAGGGCCAUGGCCAUCGCCAGUGACAUGGGGACCGACUUCAUCGUGCCCUGCGGCGCCUGCAGACAGGUGAUGAGAGAGUUCGGCAAGGACUGGGACGUCUACCUGACCAAACCCGACGGCACCUACAUCGUCAAGACGCUGGACGAGCUCCUGCCCCUCUCCUUCGGCCCCGAGGACCUGAAGAAGGUGUGAGCCUGCGUUCUGCCCUUCCAGCACCGAGGGAAAGGGGGGGCAGGGGGUGUUGCUCCCCAGUUUUCCCCGAAUGCACAUGGCUCCCCUGGGAUGAUGCGAUGCAAAACGCUUUCCUGGUGUUACGAAGCUCUCCUGUCACUCCCUCUUGAUUCAGCGCUGAUGUGCCCCACCUCGCCGCGGGGGGGCACAGAAAGGCCAAAUCAAAUGGUAGAAAUUCCCUGAUUUUUAUUUUUUUGGAAAAAAAAAAAAAACUCACGUCUGUGAGCACCGAGCUCUGCCCGGGCACCGCUCCAGCUCCAGGAGCAGCUCCACGAAAAGGAGGAGAAUUUGGAUGCAAAACCAGGGACAAAAUGCAGCAAUUUCAGCUCUAAAUAAGAACAGGAAGCAAAAAGCUGCUGCCGGUCCCCAAGGUCAGCAACAGGCCAUUUGGCACAGGGGCAGCUCCGACGGUGCCAUGAGCUGUCACCGGUGACAGCACCCUAAGCCUCUCCUCCUGCCUGCUUCUCUCCAGCAUGUUUGUGCUUGCUUUUCUUCUCUUAGUGGCGACAAAGAAGGAGUUCUGGGGGAGCCCACUGAUUAAUUAUGCAAUUAAAUUAUGCAGAAUGAAAAAAAAAAAA